ACUCGCAGCCACUCAGAUCCUGAUAGAGUGCUUUGAUCAUGCAGUCGGAAGUCGGAGGUGCCGUUAUUAAAGACGACGUAGCGACGAAUCAAGGGCAUCAUUGAUCCAUCUGUGGUUGCUAUGCUGCCAAUUUUUCGGUGCUGUCUGUAACAUUGAAAUUGUGUGGCUUAAAAGUUGAAAUCAUCAGUCCAAAUCUUAGCGUAGUGCCUUCGAAAUUCCGCCACGCAAAACCGGGCCGUGAACAGCUUCUCCGGAUCGCCAAAAUGGAUUUGCUUCAAUGUUUUUGCAAAUGCGUGAGGAAUCUGACCGAAGAGGAUCUCCGUCGGUACAUUGACACACUGGAUCGGGCGGAAAGCUUCGUUAAAGAGGAGCAUCUUAAGCAACUGUUUCGGUGCAUGUGCGAUCCCGAGGCAGGCACCAGCAGCCGACGAGCAAAACCGCGAGCCAUCAAGUACUUGAACGCUGCGGAAGAAGCCAUCGCAUUACGCGAGAAGCCGACCCUGCAAAAUGACGAAGAAAGACUGGACCGUUUCUUGGGUGGGAUAGACGAAAAUCUCGAGGAAGAGUUUUCCAACGCCUCAACCGACGAGCGGGCCGCGGUUUUGGAGAAGAUAGCCGUGCACUACAGCAAAUUAUUGGCAGAAACUUCCGAAUACCAGCAGUUCAAGGCGAAGCUCGCAGACGCAUACAAAGGGAAAAUUAAAAUCAGCCGAAAUCCAAAGACGUAGAAUAGGUUCGCCCGGACACAUCACAAACCGGAAGCAUCACCAAAUCGAACGUUCAUCACCGAACGUUUGAGUGUAAGGAGGAGUUCCUGCCGCUGGUGGCCUUUAAUUUAUUGUUCUCGGGGACAAAAGCUUAACAUUUUAAUUAUUUUACCAAUAACGUAACACCCGUAACGAUGCAUUGAUUUUAGACUGGCUUACAUUUAAGCAAUGUACGAAUA